UUUUCUUUUUCUUUUUUGUAAUUUUUAUUUUAAUUCUUUAUAAAAAUAAAUAAAUAAUGUUAAAGCCAAAAGUUAUAUCCCAGGUUUUGCGACAAUCAUUAAAUAAUGGUGUUAAAGCUGCAAUGAUAAUGACUAACGAAGGAUCAUUAAUAUCAUUUGCAGCAAAUAAUGACAGAGAUGUUGCAAUAUAUUCUGCUACUUCUGCUAUCUCAACUAAUAUAUGGAAUACCUAUAAAAAGAGAAAUGUAGAGUUAUAUAAUAAUCUUCAAUUUCAAAUACUGCAGUGUGAAGAGGGAAUCGUGUUUGUUACAGGGAUAAGUGCUAUGAUAUUAUGUCUAGUUGGAGAUGUUAAUGUAGAUCUAGGGAUUAUAAAGACAAAAGCGGAAGUUUUAAAAAGACAUCUCGAAGAACCCUUACAGCAAGUUGCACCUUAUGAAGAUUACCAAAUAUAAGAUUUAAACGGAAAUUGAAAAAAAAACAUAAAUAAAAAUUACCAAUCAACACCGAACAAACAUUUUUCUAUU